GCGAACUCAAAUCGCGUAAUCCCAAAAAUAGAUCAGUUCUUCUCCGUUUUCGAAAUUUGAUAAUUCUCCGAUUCGUAGAUGAGAUCGCGAUAAACCCUCUACCCUCAGCUGAAAUCGAUUGUCUAUUUUUGUAUCCAGAGGAGAAAGUUCAUGGUUUUCCAGCGAUGAGAGGAUCCGCACUACUUGAUUUCGUUGUGUUCUUGCUUGUAUCUCCAUUAGCGCACAGUCUCAAGGGAUCUGAAAUCUCCAAGUUCUCUGAGAAAUCUGUUUCGAAUCAAAUCUCCCAACCCACUCGAGAAUCUCGUUAUUUAUUGAUUUCUACGGUAGACGGAGCGAUAUCAUUGGUAGAUACGUCUUCAAAAAAGGUUGAUUGGACAUUCCAUACCAACGAGCCGAUAUAUUCAUCCUACAAGGCUCCUCAUUAUCAUUAUAGCAACGAUGAGGAAAGUGCCCCUGUGCUUGAUGAUGACUUUUACAUGGAUUGUGAUAAGGAUUGGAAUCUUUACAAUUCCUCUAUGCGAGAAGGAAAACGCAUAAAUGAGAUAGUGGAUGCUUCGAACUUCAUUGGAAGUUUGCCGUACUCAUUGACGGAUAGGAUUGUUUUGGGUAAAAAAGACACAUCUGUGUUUCUCUUGGAUGGCAAGACUGGAAAUUUGGUUAAGAGGUACAGAGUGGACGACCUAUACUCUAACUCUGUCGUUCAAGAUGCUAAAGAAAAGGCUAUUGUUUUGUCUGAAGAAGCUCCGAUACUACUUGGAUCCGGGUUUAAGGAACCAGAAGAUCGUCCCGAGCUGGUUUACAUUGAGAGAAAAGAUUUUAAACUCCAAUGUGUAUCAAAAUUUGGAGAUGUUUUGUGGAGUCUUUCUUAUGCUGAGAUGGAAGCUAAACUACAACAUCAUGAGAGCGCACAACUCAUGGGUGGGUUAUCAUCAUCAGCUGGUAUUCCUAUUAGAACUACAAAUACUCCGGUGCUCCGAUUCCGUUAUAAGUUUGAACAAAUGUUUCCGAGACUUGGUUUCCAAGAUGGAGCUUUGUAUCUUACAUUUCAAGAUAGAAAGCCAAAUCAGUUGGCUCCUGGAAAUGGGAAUCCUUUGGCACUUCCGAGCAACAAUGAGGCUGAAGAAGUCCUCUCCCUUCCUCUGCCUGAGACUGUAAUAUCUCAGAUCACAGAUAUCAGUGAUGGAAGCUCUACACAGACGGGCGUCGCAAAAAAAAUUUCUGAUUUGAUUGUCCUACUUAUCGGCUUUUGCGUAACUGUCCUUUCUCUUUGUGGCCUUGUCUUUCGUCGAAUAAGACAAAGCAAGUGGAUCAAGGAGCCUUGCGUAUCUGAAGUGCCAAUCGUGAUACCUAAGAAGAAAAAGUCCAAGAAAAAUGGGACGACAAAGGCUAUUCACAAAAAGGAAAACGGGUAUAUAUCUGGAGGGAACAAAGAUCUCUCAUUUGAAGAGAACGAGAAAAAAUUAGUUACGACCUUCCCUGGCCUUAAUAAUAGUCCACUGGAAGGAUAUAGAGUUGGCAAACUGUUUGUCUCCAACAAGGAGAUAGCUAAAGGAAGCAAUGGAACUGUUGUCCUAGAGGGGUCCUAUGAAGGCCGUCUUGUAGCGGUUAAGCGUCUAGUACAAACACAUCAUGAUGUGGCUCAGAAGGAGAUUUUGAAUCUCAUGGCUUCAGACAAACAUCCAAAUAUUGUCCGUUGGUACGCGGUUGACCAGGACGAACAUUUUAUCUAUAUUUCAUUGGAACGGUGUGCUUGUAGCUUAAACGAUCUCAUCUAUGCAUCCUGUGGACUGCUUGAAAAUCCAGUGGCUUCAAGUAGUAUACAUUCGAUUCAGAUAAACCCAAUCCUUGAUAAUGGCAAGGGUGUUGAACUAUGGAAGGAGAACGGACAUCCUUCUCCUGUUUUGUUGAAGUUGAUGAGGGAUAUAGUUGCUGGUCUAGUUCAUUUGCAUGAUAUUGGAAUCGUACAUCGAGAUCUAAAGCCUCAAAAUGUGUUGAUUGUGAAGAACUCAUCUGUAUGUGCGAAGCUAUCAGAUAUGGGUAUUAGCAAGCGCUUGCCAGCCGACACAAGUGCCUUGACUAGAAACUCAACUGGCUCUGGAAGUUCCGGGUGGCAAGCACCUGAGCAACUCCGCAAUGAACGACAAACAAGAGCCGUUGAUCUCUUCAGUUUAGGAUGUGUGCUCUUUUUCUGUAUGACUGCAGGAAAACAUCCUUAUGGAGACAAUUUUGAGAGGGACAUAAACAUUUUGAAUGAUAGAAAAGAUCUUUUCUUGAUCGAGAGUCUUCCAGAAGCUGUUCAUCUUCUCUCUGGUCUCCUACACCCGGAUCCAAAUUUGAGACCGAGAGCACAAGAAGUUCUGCAUCAUCCAUUGUUCUGGAACUCUGACAUGAGACUGUCUUUUCUCCGGGAUGCAAGCGAUAGGGUCGAGCUGGAAAACCGAGAAGAAGGGUCACAGCUCUUGGCUGCACUUGAAAGCACAGCAACGGUCACUUUAAACGGGCGGUGGGAUGAGAAAUUGGAUAGUAUAUUCCUAGACAAUAUCGGGCGUUACAGGCGGUACAAAUUUGACAGCAUCCGUGAUUUGUUACGGGUCAUAAGGAACAAGCUGAAUCAUUAUAGAGAGCUUCCUCGAGAAUUACAGGAACUACUUGGUAGUGUACCCGAAGGGUUUGAUAGGUACUUCUCAAGCAGGUUCCCUAAACUUUUGAUUCAGGUCUAUACAGUUUUAUUUGAAUACUGUAACAAUGAAGAGUUCUUUUUUAAGUACUCUAAGACCACUGUAUUCUAGGUGUCUUUUCUUCUGUUGACUCUGUAUAAUGAAUUUACUACUAAAGUUAUAUAAUUGAUCUGAUUAUAAAAGAAAA